AUGUUGAAAUUUGACAAGAAAUUUCUUGAUGGGUUCGGUUUUAAUGAUGUUUCAGUCAACAAUGUGCUUAUGUUGGAAGCCCGUUUUUCAUUGGAGGAGGUUAAAGAAAUUGUGUGGCUUGGGGAUUAUGAGAAAAUUUCUGGGCUUAAUGGUUUCCCUUUGGGCUUUCUCAAGAAGUGCUGGAGCUUUUUGUCUUUAGAAGUGAUGGCUUUUGUGCAGGAUUUUCACUCUCGUGGUAAAUUGCCAAAAGCAGUUACGACAUCCUUCUUGGCUCUGAUCCCUAAAGUUGAUAACCCGCAGGAGUUAUUGACUGCUAGGUUAAAGAAGGUGAUGAGUAUUCUUAUUUCGUCUAACCAAUCAACUUUCGUUGAAGGGAGGCAAAUGUUGGAUGGUGCUCUCGUUUUGAAUGAGAUUAUUGAUUUUGCAAAGAGGAAUGUGAAGGAGUGUUUAAUCUUGAAGGUGGAUUUCGAAAAGGCGUAUGAUUGUGUUUCGUGGGGUUUUCUUAGGUAUAUUUUUUCUCGGUUGGGUUUCGGUAGCAAGUGGUGUUUGUGGAUGGAAGGGUUGGUUUUCUCAAGUACCAUUUUGGUGCUCGUUAAUGGCAGCCCAACAACAAAUUUUGUUGCUAAUAGAGGGCUUCAUCUAGGUGACCCGCUAUCCCCUUUUUUAUUUUUACUUGUAGUAGAAGGAUUGGCGGGUCUCAUGAGGAACGCAUGCCUUUUACUUUCUAUGGGAAGUCUGGUCAGAGCGAAUCAUAGGAGAAAGGAGACUUGGAAGCUUAUCUUUGCGAAGCUUUUGAGAAGGAUGUCUUCUUGGCGUGGAAAGCACUUAUCGCUUGGAGGUAAAGUCACCUAUCUUAAUUCUGUUAUGAAUAGUAUUCCGAUUUAUUGGCUGUCGUUCUUCAAAGCACCAAAAGUUAUGUGGGAAGAGAUUAUUAAAAUUCAGAGGCAAUUCUUAUGGGGUAAAGCGGAAGAUAAGAAGGGAAUGUGUUGGGUGAUAGGGAAUAAGAAUAAGAAAUUUUUGUUAUGGUGGCGUGAUGUGAGGGAGUCUCUUUCAAUAUUGGCUCGGGACAGAGAAUUUGUUUUUGGACUCAUCGUUGGGCUGGACUCUUUUGUGGAAGAGGCUGGGUGGUGGGACGAAGGUGUUUGGCGGUGGAAUUUGGGUUUUGAUGUAGACAGUUCGCUGCAUCAGGCUGGUACGGGUAUGCUGCUAGUACUGGCAGACUUUCAAUCAAAGCUUGACUCUCCUGAUAAGGUUGUUUGGGUGUAUAAGAAAGAAGCCUUUUCGGUCAAGAAUGCUUACCUUGCUCUAUACAAUAUUAAGACAGGUCCAAGUUCCUUGGAUAGCGACAAGUUGUGUGUUAUUUCGAAUAUUUGGAAAGCGAAGGUUCCCGGCAAGAUCAAAAUAUUAGGUUGGCGUUUCAUGCUCAAUAAUCUGCCUUCUAAAACGGAGCUUCAUCGAAGAGGUGUCAUCCGUGAUGCGUCAUUGUUAUCUUGUCCAGGUUGUUCUUUAGUCGACGAGAGUGUGUCGCAUCUUUCCUUUGGGUAUAUCGAGUCGAGAAGUGUUUGGGUGAAGGUGUUUAGAUGGCUGCUAAUGACGAUGGGGAGUCUUUUUCAUCGGGUCUCGAGCAAGAUGAUAAUGAGUUCUUGUGUGUCAAUCUCGCCAAGGUCGUUCGACCCUCUUUCUUUCAUUUUUUUUCUGGCUGCUACUGUCGUGGAAUAUUUGGAGAGCUAG